AAUUAUUGAUUUAUCAUUUUUUUAGAUGAUGAUUUUUGUAUUGAUCAACAGAAAAAAUAAUUCAGCUCUACAUCCAACAUGGUGGCCUGGAUUGUACGUUGAACAAGCUUUAGCUUUCUUCGUCCCCUCUGGCGUAUUCAUCAGAUCCUCAGGCUUCAAGGAAAGUCCAGUUGAAGAAAAUUGAAUUUACCGUUAAAUAUGGUCUCUAAAAGAGGCUAUGGCGGUGAGCUGCUGCUACUGAUUCAAGGGCAAACACUGGCUUUACUGCCUCCAUUUAAUUCCUGUGCUCCGGCUCGCUCUACCUCACUUACUCCUUUCUCCCCGCUGCUUUCUAUCCUCUAAUCUUCUUCUGUCGUUCUCUUUCUGAUGCUCUUUUAUUCACCAUAAACGCUGUCCCCCCCCCCCCCCAGCCUGGUUUGACCUGCUGGUAUCUGCCUGUAAGACACAGAACCACGAUUUGAACUCUAUGCAAAUGCUGACCCACUAUAUCCUGCAACGGCCUGGAGGGGUAUCGCAAGUGCAACUUUAAUUUGUGCACUCAAGUGAAUAAUUAGUAGCUUGAUUCUUUGUACCAACUCCACCAAAUGGCAGAAUUAAUACCACUCAUGCCUAAAUAUUACUGAAAUGAUCAACUAAUAAGUAGCGACUGUGUAAAAGAAUCAGCAGAAAGAACAUUUGCAUUUCACUAUAUGUAGCUUGCUGUUUCGUUGAGACGGAUGUGUUUUUGCACAAGGAAGACGUUUAAGGUCGAUACGCUGCAUCAGUAAAAACUUCCGGGAAUCUAAAAAUGUCUGCAUGUGCACAACCACUCCUUUGUCUAAGUAAAGUGACAGAUAGACGGGUAGCAGCGGUAGAUUAUCUCAGGUUAGGAGCUGUGACCAGUUAAAUUAUGUAAAUGAAUUAGAAGAGUUUCUUGAAUUCAGACUCAAGCCACGCCAGUUGUCUUCAGACGAACCAGGAUUAUUCAGAAUUGAAUAAACCGUUGAUCAUUUGGGCUGAAAGCUGCCUUUUGUUUUCAAUUAAAUAACCUUUUUUUAGAUUGUUAAGCACAUUACAUAGAUAACAUCCACAUUUAUAUUUGCAGAAACAAAUAAAGGUAGUAGUAAAGUAAAUACUAAUGCUACAUGUUGAGGUGACAUACUGUUGUUAUUAUUGGCCACUAUGUUAAAAGAGCAACUUAAACGUACUUACCUCAUGUGAUAAUUGUGUAUUUACUCGUACUGACACAAGUAAAACAGGAGGACUCAGUGCUAAUGUCUGAAAAUGUGCACAAACAGGUUUGAGGUGAACAUUAGGGUGUGUGUGUAUGUGGGUGUGUGUGUGUGAGAGAGAGAGAGAGAGAGAGAGGAGUUCUGUUUCCUCUAUGUAUUUAUACGCUUUAAACCACAUUCUUUCACAUUCUCUUUGUUUUAUUCUUUGGAUCCCUUUCGACGAGUGUUUUGUGUACAGUAGACUGACACAGCUGAGUCCCGUUGGUGCUGCUUUCAACCCUUUAGCCAAUCGGCUCGACAUAAAACACAGACUUCAUAUUAAGGUUAUAAUCAGACUUCCUGUUACUCAGCUUCUUGCUGUUAAGCAUUCUGGAUCAUUACCAUGACGUGACACAUUAUGAGUAGUACUAAUGAGUGGAUGAGAAUGUUUUCAUGUUAAAUGAAAACUAUUUUGUAAACAAUAUCGGUCUCACUCAUAGAAUGGCAUUGAAAGUGUCUCAUAUUUAAAUAUCAGCCCGAACAUAAGACGACCUUCCUUUUCCAACACUUGUUUAUGGAAAAAGACCUCUUGAAGACACAACACGCACGUUUCCCUGAGAUACUAUUAAUUCAAGCAGAAUAACCUUCUCAUUCUUCUGGCUUUUUUUGAAAUUCUUCACAUUUGUGGAGCUUGUCUCUCAGUCUCAUACUCACUCUCUCCUGUCUCAUCUCUUGUGAGCAGUCACAAUGCUAUUUUCUUCAGCAGUUGGCAUUCUUCAUACAAAUAUUAUAUUUAUAUUCAUCAGGUUCUUGCUUGGGACACAGUGUUUACCUGUUGUUUUCAUUCCAUCUGCAAAAAGCAGAUAAUAAUCUCAGUCACAUGUUCAGUGAUUGGCUGAGAGGUUUCAUAUCCUUUUGUCUCUAGAAUCACUCACACCCCCACACGCUCUUUGUUUUUUUAAGGUGUGGACUGGUUUGUAUGUGGCAGGUCAUACCAGAGAGUACAAGGCAGUAAUGUGUUGUGUCAGGGUCACGGGAUGCAUGUGUGAAUAAUCGGCCCAAUAACCCAACACAGUAGACAAAUAGGGAGAGACUGAAAGUCUGGUAUUUCUCUGACUGUCGAGUGGAGAAUCAGCUUUAAAAUUAAAGUAGACAGACUUGGAUUUACUAGUCUAGAGCCGGCGGCAACCUCUGAGUCUGAAAAGUGAAGAAAAUGAGGACGUGCCUUCAACUUCCGGGGGCAACUCCUCUUUUUGCAAAAAGAAGUCUGAUCGUAUAGAAGUCUAUUUGUCUCUGCUUCUUACUUGAUUUAUUACCUCAGUAUAAUAUGUAAGCGUGAGUUUAGUCUUCUUCAAUACAUGCAUGAUGUUUAUUUAUUAAAUUAUGGUCCAUUUAGAGUGAAAUAGACCUUACAGCAGAGUAUGCUUUAGGGCGGGGCUACCUUGUGUUCGACAGGGCGCUACCAUGGCGUUGUCCGUGUUUUCUUCUUAAAAACAAGAUGGCGACGGGCAAUUUCCGAAUUUAAGGCUUCAAAACCGUAGUCCACCAACCGAUAGGUGACGUCCACUUCUUACAUACAGGCUAUGGUCCGGAGAUCUGUCUGUUUCGUGAACGGAUUGUGCAACUUAUGCAUCUUAGAAACUCCUAUUCUUUUGUUUUUCUGGGGAUUGUAGUCUUUGACGCUGGACUCGAAUCAAACUUAUCCUCUGAAGAGGAUCCCUGCUGCACGUCUCUUCUCACCGUCUCUUUCCACUUCCCUGAUUGAGGUUGACCGCGGCGGCAGUGCAGCCAGUGAUGAUAAACUAUGCAGAGUUGUAACUGCUUUGAUCUUUUAUUUUUGGGAUUUGACAACAUGAUGCAAGUUGAGGGAAAUUUGCUGAUUUAUUCAUAACCUCUUGUGAAUAUUUAAUCUUCGUUUUUUGGUGGUGCACUUUGUUGUGAUGGCAUUGAGGCUAUUUAGCAGAUCACAGAUGAAUCAUAACAUUCAGUGUUUGUUCUCAUAUGUGAUGCUUAUCAAAUUGACAUUAUGAAAUAUGAAUGUACUCUAUUUGUUGCCGCGUAGGAUUUGCUUACUUCUGCAAUGAUUGAUAUUAAACUCAUCAGGAAAGCGAUCUUUCAUCUGUCAUCAUGUCUUCACUAAAUAUAUGUUUAGUCCACUCGUUCUGUUGCUGUGUGUUUGAUAUCGGGUCAAUUUAACUAAAAAUGAUGCAAUAGUGAUGUUAGAUGUCCCCCUGAACCACACUUCACAGUCGUGCAGGUAUUGAACCUGUGACCUUUCUUCUAAAGAACGUUUGCUUUAACUGUUGCCACCCUGCAGAGCGCUUCAUCUGUGGAUGGGUGCAGGUGCCGCUUCUAGAAAAGGUCUAUUUUAAAUAGGUCUGUUUCCAUACCAGACAUGUUGUUCCCGUUCCUCCUUUAAAGGGAAGAGUAAGAAAUCUUUAAGUAACUCAACUUUAAGAGUUAUUUGAGUUACUCACAUUAUUCGUUAAGUUUAGGGCUGAAAGCAGAGUGUUACCAGAAAAUAUUACAAAAGUUGUUUUUCUUUCAGAGGACGAGGACCAUAGAAGGAAAUUUAAUUUUAAGCAUGAGUAUGCACUUUAAGCAGAUUACUUUGAAGCACAUGUGUGUUUCAAUAUGUAGAAUUCUCUACAGAAUUAGUUUAAGGGUGGUAUUAAUAUAUUCCUGUUCAAGGUACCAGUGAGAUAAAAAAGCUGCGAGUAGGAGAUCCGUGACUUUGAAGGCUUGUCAUAUCUCAAAACACUGCAUUGCAGUUUAUAGUACGAUGGGGAAGGAUUUCUGGGGCGUUACCAUGUGACUGCUCAUUUAGUUUUUAGAUAAACAGUAGAAUUAAAUGUGUCUCGUUGUGUACUCUUCUCUGUGUUGUUCUCAUGUGAUCCAUUGGCCGACUUCCCUCCUGCUCCUUUAGUUUUAUCUCUCUCACUUGCUUCUUCUUGCUCUCUCAUAGUGCAGCGCCUCAGCUUUCUCUGUUCCCUUCCUAACAAUGUGCCUCAUUGUUGAGCAGGAGGCUGUCAAGCAUGAUAUCUGGGAUUAAAACGCACAGUCAGACAGAAAGAAACACAGACAGAGCUUUUCUACACUGUUCCAUUACUCGCCAAAUCCUCGCUACAGAGGCCUUUUUAGGGUCAGUCUUCAGGGCAAACAAGGCACUGGUUUGGGAACAUUGAGUUCCCUAAUCUCCGGGUGUCAUUGUCCUCACCCGCCUGAGCCUGGCAGCAGCAGGACCACCCUCGUUUAAAAGGUGUAUGCACUGUACCACGCUAUUUAGGCCCCCAAAGUGUCGGCCGUAAUAAUCAUUGUACAAUAUUCAAACAUUAUGCAGUAGUUACAGUUUUUAUAUCUAUUCAGUUACAGCAUGAUCUGGUUUGUGGUACUUCUUUUUGGGUUUCAAUAGUUGGGGCCCUGACCCAAUAUAAGACUUUCACCUCCAGUAGUGGGAUUUUCUGUAGCUUCUAAAGAGGCUUAGGACCCAGCAGUGCCAGUGCCGUUAGUUUUAGGGCUGAAGGAUCCAAUCUUUAUGUGUAAACAUGUAAGACUCCUAAAACCCCCAUUUAAUAACCUUCAAUACACUUCACAGGUAUUCACUGAAAGGAUUUACCGUAUUAGUCCCUAAAAGGGCAACAUGGCAUAAGAGGAACAAUUCAUUUCACCUCAGUGCUGCCUGUGCUGUGUAGAAGUUAAAAGACCAACGUUUGGUCCUUUUUAUUAUGUAACAGAAAUGCAUGGGUUUAUAAGUAACCUUGUAGUUCAAUUAUAUGUAAUGUAUUACAUGAAGAGCUUUAGAUAAACACCACCUACAGUAUAUGGCGUUCAUUUAAAAAACAUCAUUUUUUAAAGAGUGUUUGUCAUCGAGUCACAUCUGCCACUGAGCUGAAUCCACUAAAAGCUGUGACUCUGAAUGUUGUCUCACCAAAGGCAGCAAUAAAAUGAAGUGUAUUUAAAAGGUCGUGACAAGGAUUUCGGUUGUUUAUUAACCAAAAAUGUUAAGAGCCAAAGUUAAUUUUAGUAUCAGAAUUAAGUAAAGAUGGCUGCUUCUAACGGGUAAGAGCGAAUCCUUGAUCCCCUGAAAGCUGUCAGAUGGUUUUGUUGAGAGAGACGGACAUCAUCACAGAGAGGAGAAGACAUCCAGCCUCAUAACUCCCACAAUCCCUAUUCUCAUCUCUACUUCUCUACUGCGCUUCAUGUAGCGGUGAUGCCGACCGCCUCAGCAAGUUGGAUGGCUUGUGUAACGUGCAGCAUACCGAUGAAUGACGGGGAAGAAAAAGGAUUAGUAACAGGACAGAGUGUCUUCUAGCAGAAAAGCAGAAAUAAAAGAGUUGUUCCAGAAGGAAACGUGGCACAAAACCCACCAAGGCUCAACCAGGUGCAUGUGUGCAUAUUAAAGACUUUGGUUCAUUUUCAACUCUGUUGUUGAGACUGUGUGUGGCAGAGAUGGGCAACAUGGCUAAGAAAUGUGCUUGUUUAAAAAAUUAUUCAGACAAACGAGCUCAUUAAAGCUCAUUAUGGACACUAUUUUUAGCUUUCAACCUUUUUAAGUUGUAAAUGAUUUUGCAUCUCCAGUAAAUGUAUUUUCCUUCUCCCUCACUCCCUCACACUUUCCCUUCCGUCUCCGUCUCUUGAAUAUUUCAGUGUCUUUCUGACUACAUCACACUCUCAGAAGCAGAACGGUGUUCUUCAUAUUUUACCACACGGCCAUAUUCCCAUAAAGAGCAGCAAAGUUGGACGCACCAAAAAUGUAUUCACCCGUUCAUCCCAUCUCACAUAUACUCUUAACAGCCUCAUUAAAUACGCACACACACACACACACACACUCUUGACAGCCUCAUUAACUACACACACACACACACAACCUACUUAGCACUGUUAGCUGCGAGCUGCUGACUCAGCGGUCGCCAUAUUGUGAGCCGUGUGGAGGAAAUCCCUCAAGCAUCGAUAUGCUCUGAAUUCAAAAUUCAGCAUCUUUAAGAUGUGCAUACACACACACAAACUUGCGUGCAGCACUUAACAGGUACACAGCUGAUGUACCCAGAUUCAAAGAGGCAGUUUGCUCACAUUCACUUGGGCAUGCACGGACAUGCAGGACACGCACACACGGCUUUCCAGCCAAAGCGGUGGGGGUUUGAUUAUUGUGUUCGGUCCUCGCCUCCAGCAGACGCUUGGACAACACGGCAUCUCAAGCCUCGCGGUAGGAAGAUGAGAUUCAAGAGGAAGGAGAGGAGAGAAGAAGAGAAAAGGGCAUAGAACAACAUGGAGAAAAAGACUGGAGAAAUUUACCAAAAACUCUAAAUUUUGAUUGGUUUGAUUCUAAAUAUUAGGGUGAAGGCUGGCAUGUAUGAAAGUGAUCGGUGUCCCAGUCAGGUUGGGUUUUUUUUUUGUCUUUAAUGUCUUCGCUUUAUUUCCUUUGUGCAAUCCUUUUCACACAUUUUGUGUUGCAUUGGUCAUCCGCGGCCAAUUUUGGAAAAAGUAUUUUGCAUGUGGUUGAGUAAGCAUGUGGUAAUUAUUCAUUAUUAUUAAUAAGCAGUCAAUGCCGUGUUGAUUUUCUUUCUUUGUUUAAACAAACAGUCUAAUCUGCCGUCCGUGAUGGAGUCAACUGCUGUGUUAACGAGGUGCUGGUAAUCGCUUAUGGCACAGAAAUAGAAUAGAAUCCUGCAAGAAGGAUUAGCGGUCCGUCAAUGAGGAACUACCGGCUCAUCUUCUGCCACAACCUGAAGCAGCCAUAGAUGGUUUGGUGGUUCUCUGGCUAAGGGAAUAGAAGAUAGGAUACACUUUCACUGCUACACGACGUGAGGUCUUGGCGGGGCUGUGGUGAGGAGGAGGAGGCGGCCAUGAGGAAGAGCGUGUCUCCGUUGCCAGGCAAUGAGGGCGGGAGCUCAGCCAGCACCACGCGUGUUUUUGGCGUUCCUUUGGAGGAAGUGACACGCACGCACACAAUCAGCGGCCAUGAGGUUCCUGCACUGGUCAAAGACAUCGUCGACUACAUCGAGGAGCAUGGUCUUCUGGACCUGGAGGGGCUCUUCCUUGUUAAUGGCAACGCAGAGCGUGUGGAUUGGCUGCGGCAGCGUUAUGACAGUGGUGAGGAGGUGGAGCUAGAGAAGGAGGCGGACCUGGCGUCAGCAGUCAGCCUGCUCCGACUCUUCCUGCAGGAGCUUCCUGAGCCGGUCAUCCCAACGGCGAUACAGGGACACAUUCUACAGCUUCACCAAGAUUACAGCAAUGAAGAGGAUCUGUGUAGAAACUUGAAGUACCUGCUGCAGCAGCUUCCCCAACUCAACUACGGCCUGCUGCGUUUCCUGUGCCGCUUCCUGGGCAGCGUGGCCUCACUUCAGCAGGAGAGCUGGAACAUCGGGACGCUGGCCGCUGUCUUCGGACCUGACAUCUUCCAUCUGUCAACAGAAGGAGAGGACCUUCGAGACCAGGAGUCUGUCAGCAGAGUCCUGGCAGAGCUGCUGGACAACCAAGAGGGCCUGUUUGACUCCGAGGAAGAUGACGUCUCCACCACCAACGACUACAGCUCCAUCAAUGAACAGAUCACAGAGCUGCUGGACGAUGAGAAGUGCGAGGCCGAAUGUGAAGAGCUGCCCCAGGACGGAGAGGAGGGUCCCGUCUCCUCUGACUCACCACAACACACACACACUGACGACAGCCCCUCAGCCAGCUCCCACCUUUCCCCUAUAUCCAUCCUGCCUGCUGACUCUGCUGAGAUAAUCCAGCGAACCAUCAGGGCCGCAGUGGAGCAGCACUUCUUUGAGCUGAAAACCUCCAUCGACACCAACUACGACAGCCAAGGAGUGAGUCCCAGUGAGCCUGAAGACCAGGGUUGUGAUGGAGACGAGGCGCAACAAACUGACCCCGAGGACAGCCCCUGCGACACAGAAGGGGAGACCCCGCUCACACAGACCGAGCAGUGCAUACAACAAAGCCAGAAAGACACACAGGAUUCAUUUGACUCUGGCGCCGCCCUGGAGGAGAGCUCGGGGAUGGACCUGGAUGCAGAGGCCGUCGGAGACGCUGAGAACAACAUCAACACUGCCAGGCAGGACAAUCAACCCUGUGACAACAUGGAGCAGACUCAGACUGACACCAUAAGCUGUGAUUCGGACUCAUGCCGCUGUGAUCAGAACGCCAACACCAGCAAGACCAACAGGAACCGCCCGCCGCCAAGCCAAGCAAAGUCUGGCCACAACCCCCACCUCCAACUCUUCCCCGACAGCCAAUGGGAAGACCCCGUCCCCGCUUUCAAAUCCUGGCAGGACGACAGCGAGAGCGGCGAGGCUCAGCUCUCCCCGCUGGCCGGCCGCAUGGUUACUCUCCCUCCUCUGUUGCUGGAGGAGGAUGGCGAGGAGGACGUGGGGGAGGGAGGGCAGGAAGCCUCCCCCUCCUCUUCCCGCUCCCAUCCUCACCUCCUGGCGCGACGCUUUCUCGACUUCGGAGCGCACGGUGCCCAGCGAUUCCUGCAGCAAGACCCGGACGCCACCUCACCCACCAAAGCACAGAGGCCACGCCGAGCAUCGUUUGGCUCCAAAGAGUCGAUGAGAGGAGGCGAUUCAGUGACCCAUCAACUCACCAAGAAACUUCAGCACCUGAAGAAGAAAAUUAAGCAGUUUGAAGAGCAAUUUGAGAAGGAAAGGAACUAUAAGCCCUCUCACGGAGACAAGGCAGCUAACCCCAAAGUCCUCAAAUGGAUGACCGACCUCACAAAGAUCCGCAGGCAGAUUAAAGGACGCCAGCACCACCUUUUACCCAGAAGCACGCUGAGGCACCAGGCUUUGCUCCAUUCAUACAGACGCCACCAUGCUCCCUCCUCCCCUUCCCCCCCCUCCUCUUCUAUCUGCUCACCCCCCCAUCACACACUCACCCCCCCGCUCCACCCGUACUCAGGCCUGAGCUCUAGACCGUAUCACCUCAAUGCCAAACACCGCGCAGAGAGCGAGCUCGGCCCCCAGACUCGUCCUCGGAGCAACACCUUACCCAAGAGCUUCGGCUCCACGCUGGACCAAGGCGCUCACGAUGCAGCAGGAGAGAUGAAGGGCCAGGGCCCCACCAGGGAGGAAACACUGGAGCUGAUCCAGCACAGGGUCAAAGGGAAGAAGCAGGAGGACGGCUGGCCUGAUGACAUCAAGAAGAUGACCAAGGAGCAGUUGUCCUGUGAGAAGACGGUCCUUCAGAAGAACCUGCUGCACUAUGAGGGCCUGCAUGGUCGACCAGUGACCAGAGAGGAGCGUCUGGUGGUGAAGCCUCUCUACGAUCGCUACAGACUGGUCAAACAGAUGCUCACCAGAAUCAGCAUCACACCGAUCACAGUGUCCCCCUCCAGUAAGAGAAGAAGUCAGACCCUCCAACCAAUCAUCGAGGGCGAAACCGCUCAUUUCUGGGAGGAGAUCAAAGAGGAGGAAGAGGAGGAGCAGAAAGAAAGAGAAGAAGAAGGAGGAGGAGGAGAAAAAGAAGACAACAGGGAGGAGGAGCGGGAGGAGGAGGAAGAAGAGGAGGACGAGGAGGAGGAAGGAGAGAGCAGCGGUGGGGAGAUGCAGAGCUCUGAGGUCAUCAUGGCCGUCGAUCUUGUGACCUCGUCUGAAGGAUCAGCGAGGAGCCAGAACCUUCCCGACAGGCAGAGCGACUGUCCAAUGAGAGCCAAGAUGGAGGAGGGGUCGGGGAAGCUGGCGCUUGACCUUCGGCUGUCCAGCUCCAACGCCUCGUCCAUGCCAGAGCUGCUGGAACAGCUGUGGAAGGCCAGAGCAGAGAAGAAGAAGCUGAGGAAGACCAUCCGAGAGUUUGAAGAAGAUUUUUAUCAGCAUAAUGGAAGAAAUGUGCAGAAGGAGGACCGGGUGCCGAUGCUGGAGGAGUACAGGGAGUACAAGAGGAUCAAGGCCAAACUCCGCCUGCUGGAAGUUCUCAUCAGCAAACAGGAUUCCUCCAAAUCCAUCUAG